UAUGUAAGAACGCAAACGUCGACAGCUGCGGUUAUGAUAGCGUGCCGAUGAGAAUCGUAGCUGUCAACCUAGCUCACGCAGCACGUUUCAUAUUUUUUCUUCGAAAGCACUCGACGACUCGACACCGGGAGGGGGAAAAAAAUUGUUUAAAAACGUUUCGUGAGAGCGCGAGAGCGUCACGUGACCAAACGCCGUCCAAUCGGGCUUCAACACGAGUAUGGCGACCCCUCAUAAAUUGAGCAUGCGCAAACGCUCCGCGCUAGCCUCUGCCACGUUUGUAACACUCGAAGGCUGGUCACCGGUGCCGUAGGAGGGGAGCAAGUUAAAACAAACUUUCUUUUGUACACGCGACAUAGGAACCAUGUUGUCGCUAAAGUUUGUCACGUUACUCUGCGCUCUCGUCGCCGUCCACUGUGAAGACUACGAGAAGGACGAGCACGUCCUGGUCCUGAAACAGACCAACUUCGACAAAGCAGUUACCGAACACAAGCAUGUGCUGGUCAAGUUCUAUGCCCCCUGGUGCGGCCACUGCAAGGCAAUGGCGCCAGAGUAUGUCAAGGCCGCCAAGCAGCUAGUGGACGAAAGCUCGGACAUCAAGCUCGCCAAGGUCGACGCCACGGUAGAGACUCAGCUUGCCGAGACCUACGAGGUGCGAGGCUACCCAACCCUCAAGUUCUUCCGCGAUGGCAAGCCCUACGACUACAAGGGUGGCCGUACCGCCGACGAGAUGGUGCGUUGGCUCAAGAAGAGGACCGGCCCCGCAGCUGAGGACCUCAAAUCCGCCGAUGCUGCACGUACCUUCGUGGAUGCCUCCAAAGUGUCUGUGGUUGGCUUCUUCAAGGACCAGGCAAGCAGCGAAGCCAUGCAGUUCCUAGAGGCUGCGGAGGCCAUCGACGCUCACCCCUUUGCCAUCACGUCCGACGACGCGGUCUACAAGGAACUGGGAGCCUCCAAGGAUGGAGUCAUACUCUUCAAGAAGUUUGACGAGGGCCGCAGCCUGAUGGAGGGUGCUGUGACGUCCGAGAGCGUCCAGUCUUUCGUCAAGACCAACAGCCUGCCUCUGGUGGUAGAGUUCACCCACGAGAGUGCCCAGACGGUCUUCGGCGGACAGAUCAAGCUGCACAACCUGCUCUUUGUGAGCAAGAAGAGCCCCGGCUUCGAGGACAUUCUCAAAGACUACCGAGAGGCCGCCAAGGACUUCCGCCACAAGGUGCUCUUCGUCACCAUCGACGUGGACGACGAGGACCACGAGCGCAUCCUCGAGUUCUUCGGCCUCAAGAAGGACCAGGUGCCCGUAAUGCGCUUUGUCAAGCUGGAGGGCGAGAUGACCAAGUACAAGCCGGAGAAGGACGACCUCACGCCCGAGAAUGUGCGCUCAUUCGUGCAAGACGUGUUGGAUGGCAAGCUGAAGCAGAGCCUCCUGUCUCAAGACCUGCCUGAGGACUGGGAUAGGCACGCCGUCAAGGUCCUCGUCAACAAGAACUUCGAUGAGGUGGUCUUUGACAAGGAGAAGGACGUCCUGGUCGAGUUCUAUGCUCCCUGGUGCGGACACUGCAAGCAGCUGGCCCCGAUCUACGACGAGCUGGCGGAGAAGUACAAGGAGAAGCGGCCGGACCUGGUGAUUGCCAAGUUCGACGGCACGGCCAACGAGCUGGAGCACACCAAGAUGCAGGGCUUCCCCACCAUCCGGUUGUACAAGAAGGGCACCAACGAGGCCGUGGAGUACAACGGGGAGCGCACCCUCGAGGGGCUGUCCAAGUUCAUCGACACGGACGGGGAGUAUGGCAAGGCGGCCCCCGAGGAGGUCACGGAAGAGGAGGAGGAGGAGGAAGACAAGGAGGACAAGAAGCGCGACGAGCUCUAAGCAACUCCCCUGUGACCCAUUUCUCCCACCGCUCAUUCUCCCCCUCCCCCCGCUGCCCUCUCAUUGGUCACUCACCCCCGUCCCUGUUGUUGUUCGCAUGUGGUCCCCCUCUUGCGUUUGAUCCCCUUCUCCCGAUCUCUUCCAAGGCCUCACAUGAGGGUGCAAAGAAGCCCCCGUUUAAAGGAGGGUGACCGGAAGUACCACGCGCACAUUUGGGGGGUGCGGUUUCGGUCGUCGUCUGCCGCCACCUCCCUGUGGUCCCCCCCGGCCCUUGUGAUGGGGGGGAGGGAGGGCCCUUCUGGACUUCCGUGCGCCGAGCCCCCUUCGCUUACGGGGUGGACUGUGUUGCAUUUGUGUGCGCGAGUGUGUGCUGGGGGGUGCCGUCUGGGCACCUUUCGAUUAAAAAAGAAAAGGGCUCUGCGGAGCUUCAUUAAACUGUACAAGCUGUCACGUGGAA